AAACCACAACCAGCUGCAGGAUCCAAAGCAGAAGGUCAGCGAAGGAAAAGUGGAAGUUGGAUUCGGAAGGCUCCAGGCAUCCCGAGGAGUUUCAUAGUGGUGGGGUCCUGAAGGCAGUAGCUACUCAACUGGGGGUUCUAGCGGAUUUUGCCUGUUGCUUCUCCCUGUCUCUCACACUCCAAGAUGAAUGUGCAGGCCUGUUCUAGGUGCGGCUAUGGGGUUUACCCAGCUGAGAAGAUCAGCUGUAUAGAUCAGACAUGGCACAAAGCAUGUUUUCACUGUGAAGUCUGCAAGAUGAUGCUUUCUGUUAAUAACUUCGUGAGUCACCAGAAAAAGCCGUACUGUCACGCCCAUAACCCUAAGAACAACACAUUCACGAGUGUCUACCACACACCCUUAAAUCUAACCUUGAAGAAGUCUGUGGCGGCCAUGGGUGGGAUCGACGGUAAAGAAGAUGGUGGUGAGCAGUUUAAAUCCGUUCUCCAUUGGGACAUGAAGUCCAAGGCUGGAGCAGGGGCAGCUAGCCGGCUGAUGAACGAGAGAGACUACUGGCCAGGUUAUGCAGAAGGGAGCACUUGGUGCCCAGGGGCUCUGCCAGACCCUGAGAUUGUAAGGAUGGUUGAAGCUCGACAGUCUCUCAGUGAGCAGGGGUACACAGAAGACCACGAACAACAGCAAGGCAAGGGGAGCUUCCCAGCCAUGAUCACCCCUGCCUACCAAAGGGCCAAGGCGGCCAACCGGCUGGCCAGCCAGGUGCAAUACAAGAAAGGCCAUGAUGAGCGCGUCUCCACUUUCACUCCAGUGGCGGACACUCCGGAGCUGCUCCGGGCCAAAGCCGGGGGACAGCUUCAAAAUGAUGAGAGGUACACGGAAGACGGUGGGCAGCAGAGAGGGAAAGGCAGUUUUCCUGCUAUGAUCACACCGGCUUAUCAGAUAGCCAAAAGGGCCACUGAGCUGGCGAGUGAUGUGAGGUACCAUCAACAAUAUCAUAGAGAAAUGAAGGGAGUGGCUAGUCCUGUCGGAGCUGAGGGCGGGAUGACAAAGGACUCUGUGGACCGAUGUGGCCAGGUUUACUCAGAAGAGUGCGAUGAACCUAGGAGAAAGGGCAGCUUCCCGGCCAUGAUCACGCCCGCUUAUCAGAACGCCAAGAAGGCCAAUGAGCUCGUGAGUGACAUAAAAUACCGGCAGGACUUCCAUAAGAUGAAAGGUGCAGCGCAUUUUCACUCUCUCGCAGCCCAGGACAACUUGGUUCUUAAGCGAGCUCAGAGUGUGAGCAAGCUUGUGAGCGAGGUGGAGUACAAGAAGGGUCUGGAGAAUAGUAAAGGUCACAGUAUCAACUACUGUGAGACACCCCAGUUCAGGAAUGUGAGCAAGAUCUCAAAAUUCACCAGCGAUAAUAAAUAUAAAGAAAACUAUCAGACCCAACUGAGAGGCCACUAUGACGGAGUUGGCAUGGACAGACGCAUGCUCCACGCUCUCAAAGUUGGCAGCCUGGCCAGCAAUGUUGCCUACAAGGCUGAUUAUAAACACGACAUUGUGGAUUACAACUACCCGGCCACUGCCACUCCAUUCUACCAAACAACAAUGAAGCUGAUCCCCCUGAAGGAUGUCAACUACAAGCAGAACAUUGACAGAUUGAAGUUCAGCUCGGUGACAAACACGCCACAGAUAGUUCAAGCUAAAAUCAACGCCCAGCAGCUGAGCCAUGUGAAUUACAGAGCUGACUAUGAGAGAAACAAGCUGAACUACACAUUGCCCCAGGAUGCUCCUCAGCUGCUGAAGGCCAAGACCAAUGCAGAAUUGUUCAGCGAGGUGAAGUACAAAGAAGGUUGGCAGAAGACAAAGGGGAGAGGAUUUGAGAUGAAGCUGGACGCCAUGUCUCUGUUGGCCGCCAAAGCCUCGGGGGAGCUUGCUAGCAGUAUUAAAUACAAAGAAGAAUACGAAAAAACAAAGGGCAGAGCCUUGGGAACCACAGACUCCAAGCUUCUGCAUUCUCUGCAGGUGGCCAAGAUGAGCAGUGAGGUUGAAUAUAAGAAGGGGUUUGAGGAGAGUAAAACCCAUUUCCACCUGCCCAUGGACAUGGUGAACCUCAGGCAUGCUAAGAAGGCCCAAGCUCUCGCCAGUGACCUUGACUACAGAAAGAAACUGCAUGACUAUACGGUGCUGCCUGAAGACAUGAAAACUCAGUGGGCCAAGAAAGCCUAUGGGCUCCAGAGCGAGUUGCAGUACAAAGCUGACCUGGCAUGGAUGAGGGGAGUUGGGUGGCUGACGGAGGGGAGUCUCAACCUGGAACAGGCGAAGAAGGCCGGACAGCUCGUCAGCGAGAAAAACUACCGGCAGAGGGUGGAUGAGUUAAAGUUCACCAGCGUGGCUGACAGCUCCCAGAUGGAGCAUGCCAAGAAGAGCCAGGAGCUGCAGAAUGGGGUGGCCUACAAGGCAGGAAAUGAGCAGUCCAUCCAUCAGUACACCAUCAGCAAAGAUGAGCCUUUCUUCUUACGAGCUCGGGUCAAUGCUGCUCAACUCAGCGAGACCCUGUACAAGAGCAGCUGGGAAAAGCAGAAGGCGAAAGGCUUUGAGCUGAGGCUUGACUCCUUACCAUUCCUGACAGCCAAAGCCAAGAGAGACCUGGCUAGUGAGGUGAAGUACAAAGAGAACUAUGAAAGGUCCAGAGGCAAACUCAUUGGGGCAAAGAGCGCACAGGGGGACUCGCAGAUGAGCCACUCACUGCAGAUGUCGAAGCUACAGAGUGAACUGGAGUACAAGAAGGGCUUUGAAGAUACCAGAUCUCAGUACCACGUCUCCCUCGACAUGAUCCACCUUGCCCAUGCUCGCCAGGCACAGCACCUAGCCACAGAUGUAGGCUACAGGACGGCGUCUCACUGCUUCACGGCUCUGCCCACAGACAUGAAGGUGGAGUGGGCCAAGAAGGCUUAUGGCCUGCAGAGUGAUAACCAAUACAGGGCAGACCUGAAGUGGAUGAAAGGCACAGGCUGGGUGGCCACCGGGUCAUUAAAUGUGGAGCAGGCGAAGAAGGCAGGAGAACUCAUUAGUGAGAAGAAGUACCGUCAGCAGCCUGAUGCUUUGAAGUUUACCAGUAUUAAAGACACUCCGGAGAUGGUCCAGGCCAGGAUUAGUUAUACCCAAGCAGUGGAUAGACUGUACAGGGAGCGAGGAGAGAGCAUAAAGCACCAUUACACGCAGACUGUAGACCUGCCUGAGGUCCUGCUGGCCAAGCUGAACGCCAUGAACAUCAGCGAGACUCGAUAUAAGGAAUCUUGGAGCCGGCUUCGAGAUGGAGGAUAUAAGCUGAGGCUGGAUGCCCUUCCGUUCCAGGCUGCAAAGGCGUCCAGUGAAGUUAUAAGUGACUACAAAUACAAAGAAGCAUUUGAGAGAAUGAAAGGCCAGAUGCUCGGCUCCCGGAGCUUGGAAGGUGACCUCAGCCUUGUACAUUCAGUACAUGCGACCUCGCUGCAGAGUGAUGUGAAUUAUAAGAAAGGCUUUGAACACUCAAAGGCUCACUUCCAUCUGCCGCUGGAUAUGGUAACCUUGGUGCAUGCCAAAAAGGCUCAAACCCUGGCCAGCAACCAGGACUACAGACACCCGCUCCCCCAACACACAUCCCUGGCAGAAGACCUGAGGCUGAGCUGUGCCAAGAAAGCUCACAAGUUACAGAGUGAGAAUCUGUACCGCUCGGACUUGAACUUCAUGCGUGGGAUUCCCUGUGUCAUUCCUGGAGCGCUGGAGAUAGAAGGAAGAAAGAAAGCCUCAGAGCUCAUCAGCGAGAGUAAAUACCGCCAGCACCCUGGGUCAUUCAAGUACACAGCUGUGGCAGACACUCCCAACCUUCGGCAUGCCAAGUUCAGCAACCAGAUCACCAAUGAGCGUCUCUAUAAAGCAGCUGGAGAGGAUGCACGACACCAAUACACGAUGACCCUUGGUCUGCCUGAAUUCAUCCGAGCCAAAGCCAACGCAGCCAACCUGAGCGAGGCAAAAUACAAGGAGUCCUGGCAUAACGUUCGUGCUCAAGGCUACAAGCUGACGAUAGACGCCCUCCCCUUCCAGGCUGCGCGGGCCUCUGGAGGCAUAGCCAGUGAUUUUCUCUAUAGGCACGAGUUUGUGAAGGAGCGUGGACAGCUCAUCGGGGUCCGGAGUGUGAGUGACGACCCAAGGCUACGGCACUGCCAAUGGAUGGGCCAGCUGCAGAGUGAGAAUCAGUACAGGAGGGAGGCGGCCAGCAGCCGAGCUCAGUACCACCUGCCCAUGGAUAUGGUGCACCUGGUCCAUGCCAGGAAGGCCCAGGCCCUGGCCAGUGACCAUGACUACCGGACACAGUGCCAUGAGUUCACUGCGCUGCCUGAGGAUCUGAAGAUGGCCUGGGCCAAGAGAGCGCACGCCCUGCAGAGUGAGUUUCGAUACAAGGCAGACUUGAUGGGCAUGAAGGGAACAGGAUGGCUGGCUCUGAGAUCUCCUCAGAUAGAGAGUGCAAAGAAGGCUGGAGAGCUCAUCAGUGAGACCAAGUACCGUAAAAAACCAGACAGCCUCAAGUUCACUACAGUGGUUGACUCUCCAGACCUCAUUCAUGCCAGGAAGAGCUAUGUGGACUGUAACGAGCGCCUGUACAGGCUGGGAGAUGCAGACUCCCUGCAUAGGUACACCCCAAUCCCAGACCACCCGGAUUUCACCCGAGCCCGUAUGAACGCAAUGCAUCUGAGUGAUAAAGUCUACAGGAACGCCUGGGAGCAGAACCGGGCUGGCAGCUAUGACUUCAGGCUGGAUGCUAUCCCGUUCCAGACUGCACGAGCAUCCAGGGAUAUUGCCAGUGAUUUCCGGUACAAAGAGGCAUUUCUGAGGGAGCGGGGCCUACAGAUUGGGUAUCGCAGUAUCAAUGACGACCCAAGGAUGACGCAUUUCCUCCGAGUCGGCAGGCUCCAGAGCGACAACGAGUACAGGAAGGACUUUGCCAAAGGUCGCUUCCAGUUCCACAGCCGCGCUGACCAACCGGGCUUCCUCCAGGCCAAGAGGAGCCAGCAACUGGCCAGCGAUGUGCUCUAUAGGCAGCCGCUGCCCCAGCACACCAGCGACCCAGAGCAGCUGGGCCUGAAGCAUGCCCGGAAAGCCCAUCAGCUACAGAGUGACGUCAAGUACAAAUCUGACUUGAACCUGACUCGAGGUGUCGGCUGGACCCCUCCUGGCUCCUACAAAGUGGAAAUGGCUCGACGGGCUGCAGAACUGGCCAACAGGAGGGGCCUGGGGACCCAGGGGGCUUCUGUGCAGCCAGAGGCAGUGGAGCUUGGAGAUCCUCGGAGCAGGGGAGUGAACCCGGAUGCCUUGGAGAUCCUGCACAUCAACAGGAAGAAGACCCUGCUGAUGUGAGCCUCCUUGAGAAGGAAGCCACCUUGGGGGCUGCUUGUCAGACGCAUGCCUCCGUGGCUUCUGUCUGGACGAGCGAGCGUUUAAAACAUGGCACACCCUCCCCGUUCUCACAUCUGCCUUUAUUAAAUCAACAACUCUGAAAUCAAA